AUGAAAAUGCCCUAUGCAAAGCCACUGCUGUGCUGCUACUACUCUGGCAGAUUGGCCUGGAUCAGGCUGGCCCUGGAGAAGACGGCACAGUCUGUAUUCGGGUCUGGCAUUGGGGGAAACACCAAAACACACACAGUACUCUGGAUACUCAGUUGCUCACAGGGGUUUCCUGGAAAUGUUUCAUUGAAGAACAGUCAUUAAACAAAAUGGAAGGACAAAUUGCUAGUUUAAUCUCAGAUUAACAUUGUGUAUUGCAUUGGUAAAGUGUUCAACAUAUAAUCUUACCUGUUCGGUCAAUCAUGGUGCGUGUCUGCAUAAACCUUACUGUAUUUCCCACCGAAACGUUUGACAAAACUGUAUCGUGUUUUGUUUAUCCACCUGGCUGCAUGUUUUUUAUCCUCCACUGUCAAGUACUAAUACAUUAUUAAACAUGCACUUUGGUCAGUGGAGAGGAAAGGUGUCUGGUCGGGUUGAUUGGUACACUUGGGUUGACAUGAUGACACCCAGGAUCUCAUUUAAACCAUUAUGUUUAUGCCCUUUGUGUUGUAUCUCUCAACUGUUCAGUUAUUAUUUUUGACUGUAGGCUAAGUGGUAGAAACCAUGUGCGAAUUAAAAAUGUUUCUUUUUUUCAACCAACAGGUGGGUGAGAUUGAGAGUGGCUGGAUGCGAGAAUUAUUGGGGGUGAGUUUGGGAUCCCUCUCAGGUGUCCACUAUAGUAUGGAUCCUCAACUAAAUGGAUCCUUACUGUUACUACAUAGGUCAGCUUUUUUACUGUUGAAAUGCAAACACCUUAAGCCACCCACUCAUUCUGUGACUGAACCAUGAACACUCCUGGAUGGUGGACUUUGACCAGAUAUGGGCAUUAUAAACUGUCCUUGCUACUCAAGCUUUUCAAUAUCAGUCAUUAUAUACUGGCUCCAUUCCCAAAGAGGUGAAGAAGACACGUUCUACUAUUUAGCCAACACAUUAUGCAUAGUAAAAGUCCAAAGUUGUAAAAUAAAUCUUAAGAAAUAACAGUUACUUAUCAGAAUUCAGUAGCUUGCCCCACACUUACCACCAUUAUGGCACAUGAUUGUGGUAGAUUAACGGCCUGCCUGAUGUCUCUGUUUUUUCACAGACUGUCCAGAGUCACAAACCACGCUUCAUCGCCCUGCAUUUCCAGGAGGUUGGAGGAAAGGACUACAUGGUCAACAUGGGCCAUGUAGAGAAGUUCUUCUGGUAAGAUAUCACUGACAUCACUGUGCCAAACUCUAUGGUUCACGUUCCAAAGUAUUCAUAAAUGCCGUCCCAGACUCCUUAUAGUUUUAUGACUAUUUUAUCUGAGAAACAGCAUAACUCUCAUGAUUUCUCUGGCAGGUGAUGUGAAAGAAGGGAUUUUAUCUGAAAAAUUGGUCAUAAAAUCUGUGUGAAAGACUAUAUGAUGUUAUCAUAACCUCAGACAUCUACUGUCCACACCUCCCACCAGACGACCAAGUCCCUAAAAAGUAAUGACACUGUGAUAUUGUAUGCAGCAAUGUGUUCAGCCUAUUAUUCUCUCCUCCUCUGGUCUUCAGGAACAUUGAGUCCAGUGAGGAGAUGAGGGACUUUGACAGGGUCUGCACCUAUGUGGACAACCACUUCAAGAACGUGGACAGCUUCACUGUGAGUUAUACAGGGCUGCACUGAUCAACUGACUUAAGUUGAAUUGAGAGACUCUAUAACCACCAUGCUUGGUCUAGGGUUACACCAACUCAGUUGUUUGACAUGAACAUUGAUAUAGUAAUGCCCAACAGUGGAGCUUGAUGGACAUGAGGCCUAGGUAAAGCAAUGGCAUGUUGUGGAAAUCCUUACAAGAGUUUCCUUUGGUGUCUUUGUCUUUAGGGAUCAGACACACUAAUCACAUUUGCUGGCCGAGAGUACUUAGCACCACUGAACGUAAUUUGCGAACUGGGUUUGCACGGAUUUUACAUGUAGAAUCGCGUGAAAAAUGAGGCUGUCAGACGUCUACAGCCGGUGGUCCCUAAAACACAGCGCGGUGAACCAUCAGUAGAUAAAUGCUAGAUCCACAUUCGGUGCAAUGUGUGCAAGCCUUUAGAAGAGCUAGUAUCUCCUACUACAGUAUAAUUCUUGUUCAGACAGCAGUGUAUCUCUGUGACCACAAGGUGGGGCCCUGCUCCAUACUACAGCUCCCUUGUAAAUGCCCUGUUUAUUUUUAGACUGAGAAACAGAGGGAAUAUUGCAUUUAGAAUAUCAAUAUACAUUUUCUGCUUGCCAAAGCAAAAUGCUAUCUUCAGGACAUCCAUUCUGUAAAGGUCGUACUUAAAUGAUUAUACAUUUAUUUUCAAGCAUACCUGAUACACUCACCUUGUUGAACAUGAUAUGAGUAUUUUAAACAUGAUCAUAGGGUGAGGCUUUACAUUAUCGUUUCAUUACAUAGACAGGGUAGCCAUAUUUUUUUACAAAAAGCAUUCAAUUUAAAUAUAUAAGUAUCUGCUUUUCUCAAUAGUAUAAUCCGAGGACCAAGCUUCAACAACAUGAAAGCAGUGAAUGGUGGUGGACCCCAACCCACUGGACAGCUCAGGUUUAUCAUUAAUGUAGGGUCUCACAGUUUAUUUGACCGUUGGAACUAGGGUGAUAUUAUACUGAACAAAAAUAUAAAUGCAACAUGUAGUGUUGGUCCCAUGUUUCAUGAGCUAAAAUAAAAGAUCCCAGGGAAUUUUCCAUACACACAAAAAGCUUAAUUUCACAAAUUUGUUUACAUCCCUGUUAGUGAGUAUUUCUCCUUUGCCAAGAUAAUCCAUCCACCUGACAGGUGGGGCAUAUCAAGAAGCUGAUUAAACAGCAUGAUCAUUGCACAGGUGCACCUUGUGCUGGGGAUAAUAAAAGGCCACUCUAAACUGUGCUGUUUUGUCACACAACACAAUGCCACAGAUGUCUCAAGUUUUGGGGGUGUGCAAUUGGCAUGCUGCCUGCAGGAAUGUCCACCAGAGCUGUUGCCAAAUAAUUAAAUGUUAAUUUCUCUACCAUACGUCGUUUUAGAGAAUUUGGCAGUAAGUCCAACCGGCCUCACAACCACAGACCACGUGUAGCCAUGCCAGCCCAGGACCUCCACAGCCCAGGACCUCCACAUCAGGCUUUUUCACCUGCGGGAUGUUCUGAGAAGAGCCACCCAGACAGCUGAUGAAACUGUGGGUUUGCACAACCUAAUAAUUUUUGCGCAAACCAUCAGAAACCGUCUCAGGGAAGCUCAUCUGCGAGCGUGUAUGGCGCAUGUGGGCGAGCGGUUUGCUGAUGUCAACGUUGUGAACAGAGUGCCCCAUGGUGGCGGGUGGGGUUAUGGUAUGGGCAGGCAUAAACUACGGACAACUAACACAAUUGCAUUUUGCAUGUCACCCAUUGAGCAUGUUUGGGAUGCUCUGGAUCGACAUGUACUACAGCGUGUUCCAGUUCCUGCCAAUAUCCAGCAACUUUGCACAGCCACUGAAGAGGAGAGGGACAACAUUCCACAGGCCACAAUCAACAGCCUGGUCAACUCUAUGCGAAGGAGAUGUGUCGCGCUGCUUGAGGUAAAUGGUGGUCAUACCAAAUGAUGACUGGUUUUCUGAUCUACGUCCCUACCUUUUUUGUUAAGGUAUCUGUGACCCCAGUCAUGUGAAAUCCAUAGAUUAGGGCCUAAUGAAUUUAUUUAAAUUGACUGAUUUCCUUAUCUGAACUGUAACUCAGUAAAAUCUUUGAAAUUGUUGCUUGUUACCUUUAUAUUUUUGUUCAGUAUAGUUUGAGCUAAGGUUGCAAAAUUCCUGGAACUUUCAAUAAAUUCCCUGGUUUUCCCAAAAUCCCGGUUGGAGGUUUCCCUGGUUUUGACCUCCGUGUGUAGGCAGGACUUUGGGUUACAUGCUGAGCUUGUAUAUUUGACCUUUGAAAGGAACAGAAAUACCAACACACUUAACUGUUGUAUCCUUUUGUAUAGUUAAUUGAAACGUGACAGUAUGCGGGUGGGAAUUUUUCUCAAAGUUAUAGUAUGAUGAAGUGUAUAUUUUGAAAGUUAUAAAGUGUGAGUACACACAGAGGCCAUGUGUUUAAAGGGUGGUUUAUACACUUGGUCUUGGCUCUCCCCUGGUCUUAUCCUAAUUUAUCUUCUGGCCCACCACCUCUCUCUAAAUGUAACUACAGUAUAUGACUGUGUGUCUGUUCAGCACUAAACUGUCAUUAAAGAGCUGCAGGAGGCUGUCUGUCUCAAUCUCCACAGCUGUCAUACUGCUAGCUGUCACGCCCUGGCUCUGGGACUCUGUUAUGUUGAGCCAGGGUGUGUGGUUUCUAUGUGUUUUGUGUGCUAGGGUUAUUAUCUAGUUAUUUUGUUUCUAUGUUGGCCGGUGUGGUUCUCAAUCAGAGGCAACGUGUAUCAGCUGUUGCUUGUUGUCUCUGAUUGGGAACCAUACUUAGGCAGCCGUUUGGGCAUUGUCAUUGUGGGAUCUUGUUCCGUAUUGGUUUUGUGUAGUGUAACCAAGGACGUCACGUGAUCGUUUGUUGUUUUGUUCGUGUGGUGACUCAAAUAAAUAAAGUAUGUUCACAUUCCACGCUGCGCAUUGGUCCACUUCCUCCGACGAUCGUGACAGAAGAUCCCACCAUAACUGGACCAAGCAGCGUGUCCAGGAGCCAACGCCAGAGGUGACUCUGAAGGAUAUCAACCUCGACUGGGUCAAGCCGCGGGAGGAGGAGAGAGGCUGGACUUUGGAGCAGAGGAGCGAGAGUCUGGCGAGAGCCAUGGAGGCCUGGCCCACGGGGAGGAGAGACACCCAUAACAUUUUUAGGGGGGGGGCUCACGCCGUGGACGACGGGGCAACAGGAGGCCGGGAUAGAGUGGUUCAGCGGGUUGACAAAGGAGGCCGCCAGGUUACGGGAGUCACUGGUCACCAGGGGGAAGGAGAAUGUAGAGGCACGGCGAGAGGUACUGGGGUGUGUUGCCAGUCCGGUCCGGCCCGUUCCUGAUCCCCGCGUAGGGCCAGUGGUGUGUGUCCCCAGUACGGUCCGGCUUGUUCCUGUCCCUCGCACCGAGCCUGUGGUGCGCGUCGCCAGCCCGGUCCGGCAUGUUCCUGCCCCUCGCACCAAGCCUGUGGUGCGCGUCGUCAGCCCGGUCCGGCCUGUUCCUGCUCCCCGCACCAAGCCAGUGGUGCGCUUCGUCAGCCCGGUUCGGUCCGUCCCUGCUCCCCGCACCAAGCCAAUGGUGCGCGUCGUCAGCCCGGUCCGGCCCGUCCCUGCUCCCCGCACCAAACCAGUGGUGCGCUUCGUCAGCCCGGUUCGGCCCGUCCCUGCUCCCCGCACCAAGCCAGUGGUGCGCUUCGUCAGCCCGGUUCGGCCCGUCCCUGCUCCCCACACCAAGCCAAUGGUGCGCGUCGUCAGCCCGGUCCGGCCUGUUCCUGCUCCCCGCACCAAACCAGUGGUGCGCUUCGUCAGCCCGGUUCGGCCCGUCCCUGCUCCCCGCACCAAGCCAAUGGUGCGCGUCGUCAGCCCGGUCCGGCCCGUCCCUGCUCCCCGCACCAAGCCUGUGGUGCGCGUCGUCAGUCCGGCACAGCCCGUGCCUGUUCCACCGGUGCCUGGUCCGGCACCGGUCAGCUGCUCCACUCCGGAGCUAGAGCAAUCCGCUCCACCAGUGUUCAGUCCAGCUCCGGCCAGCAGGGCCAGACCGGACCAGGGGCGCUUUGGGGGGUAAGAGAGGGAGUGGGGGUCAUGCCCGGAGCCGGAACCGCCUCCGAGGAGGAAUGCCCACCCGGCCCUUCCCUGUUCGGUUUAUGUUUGGCGCGGUCGCAGUCCGCGCCUUUGGGGGGGGGGGGGUACUGUCACGCCCUGGCUCUGGGACUCUGUUAUGUUGAGCCAGGGUGUGUGGUUUCUAUGUGUUUUGUGUGCUAGGGUUAUUAUCUAGUUAUUUUGUUUCUAUGUUGGCCGGUGUGGUUCUCAAUCAGAGGCAACGUGUAUCAGCUGUUGCUUGUUGUCUCUGAUUGGGAACCAUACUUAGGCAGCCGUUUGGGCAUUGUCAUUUGUGGGAUCUUGUUCCGUAUUGGUUUUGUGUAGUGUAACCAAGGACGUCACGUGAUCGUUUGUUGUUUUGUUCGUGUGGUGACUCAAAUAAAUGAAGUAUGUUCACAUUCCACGCUGCGCAUUGGUCCACUUCCUCCGACGAUCGUGACACUAGCUCUGAGACCAACUCCAUCUUCACCCUCCUUUCCAAAAGCCUCUGUACCUGUAAUAAGGACUGUUUGCCAGCGUUUCUAAUUCUGAGCCACAUUCUAAACAUCAUAGUAGAGCCUGGUUCCGAAUGGGUUGUUGCAUAAUUCCAGUCCUGGGAGGGUCCUUCCCCUUUCACGUGCAGAGUGGCACAGUAUUAACCCUAACCCUACCCAGGUGAGACCCCAACACUGGAGCCCUGACAGUGGGAGUCAAUGGAUCUGUCCACACUCAGAGGUGUGUGAAGUGGAGGGGAAAGUCAAUGGCCAGGUGUGGGCAGACAGGCCAAAGUCAAUAAACUAAACUCUAGAUUAAAACUAUUGAUCCCAGCCCAUUUGUAAACAAUAAAUAAGGGCUGAGGGGAGUGGCGGACAGCUGGGACUAUGUUUUCCCUGUGCUGGGGUGUCUGCGCCCCUCCUCCCCUGCCCUAAGAGGGCUGCAUCCCCCAAUGCCUCGUUCUCAUUUUGCCUGUGCCACCCACAUUGAUUUUCAAUUUGUUUCUCCUCGGCUGUGGAUCAUCAGCUCCCUGGCCAGGAAAGGCUGAUGGAUGGAUGGGAGGGGGGGGGGGGGGUCUCUGUGUUCAGAAGGGCUGUGAGGAGGGGGGCAGGCAUGCAUGCAUUCCCUGUACAAAUGGUGUUUUGAUAAAAAAAAAUCACUUGUAAGUCGAUAGUUUUUUAUUAAACUGUGCACAAACCUGAUUGAUGAAGAUAGGUGGUUGGCAGAGUAUGUGGAGGAGAACCUUUUUGUGUGUGUAUGUGUGUGACAUUAAGGUUUGAAAAGGCACAGCAGACUUUAACAGUCAUAAAACAGUUUUAUGGUUUUAAGAAUAUCAACAACAAAAAUAUCCAAUGCUAUUGAUACUUUCACUAUAUAUACAGUACAUUAUACAAUGUUCCUUAGCUGGUAAACACUCUUAAAACUGCCACCAUGUUUUCUUCUCUACUGAGCUAAUGCUCAUCGCGAAAUAAAACUUGAUGUGAUUUAAUAACUGCUAUAACUGAGGGAUUCAGUUUAAUUAGUCGAUGUUUGAGCGAGACCCUCCAUUUAGUCCGUACCCCCUCUCCCUCCGCUAACCCCCCUUCCUCCCCCAACAUAACAUGGACAGGUCUGUCCCUAAUCGCUGGUCACCCGGGCUAGUUGGAGAAGGGACAGCUCCAUCCCAUUAAAUGAGGAUUGCUCUGGCAGUGAAGAUGAAUGGUCUCUUCAGGGAGAGAUCUCUCUUGCCAGGCAGAGGGAGGGUGUAGAGCGGGUCGUCAUGCCCGAGACCCUCUGGGUGCCGCCAGAUUUUUCUUCGUCCCCGAGUCGCAGCCAGCGCGGAGGCAGACAGCAGCAGUACUGCUUAAUACCUUUUUAAUUGUUUUAAUUUUCUUUAUUGAUCUCAGGGUUUGAUUAAUCAGAUCAGUGAAGCAGUCAAAAUUGUCAGGCCAUGUCAGGGAUGAUUGGGUGCUAAAGUGUGUAUAUAUGUGUGUGUACUGUGUACAUGUUAUUGCAGUAAGACUGUGUUUCUGUGUAGAAAACUGAGUUGAGCAUAAUAUAAUUGCUUGAAAAAGGGAGAAUUGAGGGCUGGGUGUGUGUGUGACAGUGUGUGUGACAGUGUGUGCGUGUGACAGUGUGCGUGUGACAGUGUGUGUGUGUGACAGUGUGUGUGGAAGGAGACUAGAACUACUGAAGAUUGGGAUGGUUAAUGAUGAUAAUGACGUAAAUACUAUGGAAUCAGAUCAUGUUGGAUUACACUCCCUGCUGACCCGGACAUUAAGUUGUUUCUUUAUCUUUAUUCUUUAAGUUAUUAUGACUGUAUUUUACCAGUGAAGUCUGACCAGCAUGCUCUAGCUGCAUGUCUCGAGCAUGUUGAAGUAAAUAAAGCUGUUUCGCAAGAAAUUAUGACAUUGAAACUUGAAACUUGGCAUGGAUUCAAACUAUAAGUGAAAACUGUGCAAGGUAUUUCUUGAAGGUUGCAAUAUUGGAAAAUCAGACGUACUAUAUUCACUACCUCAAAAAAAUCAGACUACCUGUACUGUACUAGCUAAUGUACAUCAUCAAAUUGCAAACUUAAAUCAAACUCUAUACUAUCAUCAAUGCAGCAAACUGCCAUUCUCAGCAAUUGUUUUAACGGAGCUUGAAUUGUAUUCUUUGUCCUUACAGGCCCUGGGAAGCAUGUACUUCAUCCAUAAGUCAUUGAAAAACAUCUACCAAUAUGAUUUUAAUGGUAAGGACAUUACAAUCAUAUCUGUAUGACAUCAUUAUUCACUUUGAAUAACAAAAGAUGAAUGACAUUUUGUUAUCACCUUAUGAUGAAUCACUUCCAUUCAGGCCCUGCACAUGGCGAUAAUUUCAGAACAUCUGCAUCAGUCCUGGUGUGCAAACUUGGCCCUUUGUAAUAUAUCAUGAUUAUAAUAUAAUUAGAGUUUGGCACAAAAGAGUUUAGGAGGAAGUAAGAGCAAUUUUGUAUGUCAGUCUGGCGAUUCCUCGCUGUAUUUUUAUACAACGUGUCUGAUCAUCUUUUGAAUGCCGCCGGGUGAUGGCCACCUCUUUUGGCCCAGACAUAUCAGGGAAUCUGAAUUGAAAGUGAGAUGUGUUAUUUUCUUGUUGCAUAGUCCAGUCACGAAAAAGCUCUUCAGAAAAGGCUUAUGGAAGAGCCAUAAACAUCCCAGGCCUGCCAUGUUCUGUGUCGCCAGUCAGAUCAGUGCACAGCGACCAAACACUGCCUAAUGGCCUGAUUAUAGGUUCUCUGAUCACAUAUGAUGCUGUUAUGAGCUGGACAUCACUUUACUGAUUUGUGUUUGCAUGUUUUCUCACUCUUUUACCCUUCCACACCUCUCUCCCUCUCACAGUUAAGGAUUUUAAAGCAGUGUCUGGACAGAACAAGUAUGUAGGCUCUCUGGAUGAGGUAACCACAGUGGAGAAAGAAAAAUUCCUGAAGAAUUUCUGGCCCGAUGUAAGUGUGUGGGCUGGGAGGUGUUGGGACAAAUGGGUCUAUAGGGGCUGAAGGGGGAGUCUGCCCAAUCUGACAGGGAUAUGAGACAAAUUGUAUUGAAUUAUCAAUAAUUACCAGAAUGGCCCUCCAAUGAGUUAGUUAAAUGGUGCUAUUUGUUGAACAUUUCACAUACAAACAUUCAUAGGUAUAGCUUCUGUUGUGUGAUAUGUUUUGCAGUUCAAAUGGUCUAGGAAGGGCUUUAUGAGGACCCGGUGGAUCAUUCACAACCAGUACGUGCUCUACUCUACUCUACAUUACUCUACUCUACUGUCUACUAUCACAGCUCAUCAAUAGACAGGGACCCACAGAGAGUGAGGCUGCUCAAACAGUCACAGCCAACUGUCAGCCCAUUGCUCAUUGCUACUGCAGUGUUUGAAGCUGAAGCUCAGCAAACACCAUCGGUUUCCUCUGCACAAUAGUUACUAUUUGCCCUCCUGUGUCACUACCACUCGGUCUUAGACAAAAGGAGUUCAUGGGCAGAGUGCUACAAGGUCACCCUGUAAGUAAACACAGCCUGCCUGUUGGAUGCACAUUAAUUGUGUUGAGGUGGCAGCAGCAGAAAAGGAGUGAAUGCUUGGCACAGGAGACAAAUGUGUCUGUUUGUGGACUAGCAUUACCCCGAGUGCACUCACUAAUAAGUAAGCUCUUCGUAACUACCACUGAACAGUUCACACACAUACACACGUCUAGAUUUGAUAGAAGGCAAGAACAAAUAUCUUCCCAAUUGUUUUCAUAGAUCCGCCUGCCACUUCUCACUUUGUGUGUGUGUGUGUGUGUGUGUGUGCUCUCGGCAGGGGUCUGGACCUAGUCAACGUACACCUCUUCCAUGAUGCCUCCAACCUCAUUGCCUGUAACGCCAGUCCCUCCAUUUACUCAGACAACCGCCAAAAGGCCCUCAGAUAUGUCAUCAACAGGUAAGCCUGUCCAUUCUCAGCUUUGGAGAACAAUCAAGUGCAACUACUUGAGAGAUAUAAGGCUUUUGCAAUGAGACAACUUCGAUUAAUACAGCUGUCAUUUCCUUCCAGGAUAUCAGACAGCAGCUACACCCCACUCCCUUUCUUCUUGUUUGGGGAUUUCAACUUCCGCCUGGACACCCUUAGCCUGGUCCAGGUAUUACAUGGCCCACUUCCUUAAGAAUUUAAUGAGAAUCAGAAAUCAGGAAACUUUACUAAUGGUCAGCUGACUAUUGAGUUUUUGUUGACCUAACUGUGUGUGUGUUCCAGAACUUGUCCACUUCAGCAGAGGUGCAGACAGUGAAGAAGGACAGCAGUAAUGAGGUGGAAAAAAUUAUCUGUGAGGAAAAGGACAAUGACCACAAUGUGAGUCUCCCCAUCCAUCCACCUCUUCCAUCCUACUGUCUCCCUGUUGUUAUUCAGAUUCAGACGUUUACUGUAUCCCCUCUUCCUUCAUCUCAAGGUUCUUCUCCAUAUUGAGACCAAGAUAUUUGCCUACCUGCACCAAGCAGUGUUCACAGAGGACAACGGCAGAGCGGUGAGAACAUUAUCUACUGUAUACAUCAACCCCACCCAUAUUAAUCUCAUGGUCUACCGCUCGCUGCCUUGACAGCAAUCAUUUAUGCCUUGGCGCCGAUAAAGGCAGCCCCCCCCCCCCCCCCCCCCCCCCCCCCCGAGGUGUUUCGGUUGAAUGCAUUCAGUUGUGCAACUGACUAGGUAUCCCCCUUCCCUUUCUCUUCCCUACCAGUUCUAAUCAGAAAACAACCACAGAAGAUACUUCAUUAAAGGGGGGCUGAACUUCCUGAUUUGGCCCCAUUUUUCGGGUUGGUCAUUAAGAAAUGCAGCGGCCAUGACUGAAGCCAAACGAGAGUUGUCUUGUGGCGGUUGUAUAAUGUGGGUGUCUUGUGUGUGUGUGUGUGUGUUCGCACAUGGCAAGCGUUUGUACAUUCACUCUGCCAAAACAGUACACAGUUAGUCACUCACCCUUUUAGAUAACUUGAAACAGUCUAACCAGGUCUUGUCUUGAAGUCGCCUAGGCUAGCUAAUGCUAGCCAACUUCUUUCUCCAAUUAGCUUCAGCUGGCUGGUGUGCAACCGUGGCAAAGUUGGUUUGACAUUGGGUAGCCUAUCUCUAGGGCUAGUUGGGAACCAUCAAUAAAUUACACAAUGUUACACAGUAUUCAUGUUGCACAUCUUCUAGUUGUCUCAUCAAAUGCUUUCAAUAUUUGUAUAUUAAUUUUAGUUGGUGUGAGGUUUUUAAGUCAUUGACCUAAAAAAAAUAUUGUCCAAUGUACUGUACAUUGUGUAAUUUACUGAUGGUCCCUAACUAGCCCGAUAUGGAUAUCGAAUGUCAAACCAAAUUGACAAUGGGCAUUACGAUUGGGUCGGGUGCAGCUGCUGUGGGCAUGUGGGCAUGAAUGAAAUAAACCCAACCUAAGGAAAACUGUUACGGUACACUUCAUGCUGAGGAGUAUUUCUGUCUGUAGUAAAGCCAUUUUGUGGGGAAAACUAAUUCUGUUUGGCUGGGCCUGGCCCACCAGUGGGCACCCCUGCCCAGUCAUGUGAAAUCCAUAGCUUCUUGUUCCGUAAUGGGGAAUUCGAGGUGACAUUUAAUAUUCACAUUAUGCCUGAUGAAUUUAGAUCAAUUUACUGAUUUCCUUAUAUGAACUGUAACUCAGUAAAAUUGUUGAAAUUGUUGCAUGUUGCGUUUAUAUUUUUGUUCCGUAAUGGUGAAUUCGAGGUGAAAUUUAAUAUUCACAUUAUGCCUGAUGAAUUUAGAUCAAUUGACUGAUUUCCUUAUAUGAACUGUAACUCAGUAAAAUUGUUGAAAUUGUUGCAUGUUGCGUUUAUAUUUUUGUUCCGUAAUGGUGAAUUCGAGGUGAAAUUUUAUAUUCACAUAAUGCAGAUCUUUAUGGUUUGCAGAUGCCAUGUUUUCAGACCUCCAGUAAUUGUUAAUCCUUCUAUAUCCCUCAGAUUUUGAAGUAUGACAAGGAGAUCGCAGCCUUUCAAGAUGUCAUUACAGAGGAAAACAUCCUGUUUCCACCCAGGUAAGCCUCAUCCCUGGCAGCCCAGUCACUAUUACGAUCACUGUUACUAUGCCUGAGGAGUGUUACUGCUGACUCUAACUGCCAUGCUGUGUGUCUGUCUGUCAGUUACCCAUACAGUGAGGACUACACUAAACCCACCCAGUACAUGAACACUCGCUGCCCCUCCUGGUGUGACCGCAUUCUCAUGUCUCACACUGCCCAAGACAUCAUCCACAGGGUGAGUCACUUGGCAACACUCCGCCAUCCACACUUCAUGGAUUCAUUUAUGUAUUUAACAUAGAGGCAUGUUCUACAGGCCUAUUAAACAGCUGUGUGUUUCAUUUCAGAGAGAUGAGGGAGAGAGCAGUGUGGUUUAUAACACAAUGGGCCCUAAUGUCUGCAUGGGAGACCACAAGGUAACGUUUGUUUAUAUAAUGUAACAUGUCUGGUCUUGAAAAUGGCCCUUGAUAAACAGGAGGAAACUUAUGUACCAUUGUGUAUUCCUCCUUUUUCCCCAGCCUGUUUUCUUGUCCUUUGCACUGAAGACGAAUGGCCAUUGACAAGGAUCCCUCUCUAUGGUAAGAGUAUAUGUGCUAGUGAGUGUGUAGUAGAUGUUCUGUAGGUGUACAGGACCAUAUCCAGGGGGUCACUCUGAAAGAGCGAUCACAGGCCAUAAUCUUUUCCAGCUCCUGGGCCUUAUUCCCCAGAGAGCCAUAG